AUGAAGCCAACCGACAGCGACGCUGCUGCAGCCGACGUCUCUGCCAGCGACUCGGUAGUUCUAACACAGCUACUGACAAGGAUCGAGUCGACCAAUCCGACGCUUUCUAAAUCUGGAGGCUCGGGCGAACGUGCCAUCGCUGGCUACCUCGAAGCAUGGUUCAAGCAUAGGGGAAUUGAAUGUCACAGGAUCGAGCCAGUAAUCGGUCGGCCAUCUGUGGUGGGAGUGGUGCGAGGCACAGGGAGCGGCAAGAGUCUGAUGAUCAACGGCCAUAUCGACACGGUCAGCCUGGCGGGAUAUCUGGCAGAGCCUCUUGCCGGUGCGAUGGAAGAGCGGAACGGCAGAGAGGUGAUCACAGGGCGAGGGGCAAUGGAUAUGAAAAGCGGCAUCGCAUCUGGGAUGGCGCUGCUUGUCUACGCCCAGCAGCAUCCGCUCAAAGGCGACAUCAUCCUUGCGGCCGUCUCUGAUGAGGAGCACCUCUCAAAGGGCACGGAACAGUUGCUGGCUGCCGGGUGGCGCGCAGAUGGAGCUGUGGUGACGGAGCCCACCUGUCUGGCUCUUGGUACAACACACAAAGGUUUCGCAUGGGUAGAAAUCGAUGUCCUCGGUGUAGCCGCACAUGGGUCUAUGCCCCUUGAGGGCGUGGAUGCCAUCGCGAAGACGGCGAAAGUCAUCUCGGCGCUUGAGGAGUAUGCGCCCACGUUGCCCACGGACGAGAUGCUGGGCCAAGCCAGUCUUCACUGUGGACUCAUCACUGGCGGAGAGGAGCCCUCAAGCUACCCGUCGAAAUGCACGCUCACCGUCGAGUUUCGCACGGUCCCAGCCCAAUCAUCCGAUCAGAUCGUCCGCGACGUUACAGACCUUCUGACAGAGAUUUCAAUGACCGAUGCGAAGUUCCAAUUCCGGGAACCUCGCUUGACAUUCGAACGCAAGCCACACAAGAUCGGAGGUGACCAUCCCUUGACGCAACUGACUAGGGCUGCCGCCGAGCAGGUCCUUGGCCAGGAAGUCAAGCCGCAGGGCGUCUUCGGGUGGUGUGACGCGGCCCUGCUGGCCGAAGCGGGCGUUCCGUCGCUUGUCUUCGGGCCCACUGGUGAGGGCCUGCAUGGAAAUGAUGAGUGGGUGGACGUGGAAAGCAUUCGGCAGACAACGGACGUCCUGCAGAAGCUGGCAGAGUCUUUCUGCAACUAG